GAAUGACAUUGUUUGAGUUGCUGCAGUGGUGUAAAAAGAAGCGUUUAGGUUUAAUUUGCUUACAGUAUGGCGAGAGAACUGUGGGAAUAUAUGCAGCAAAAAUAACAACUUUACAACUUGUCACCUUGAUUUAGUGUGCAGUGCUGCGGAGGGAUAUCCAUAAAAGAUGGAUAUGUACGAGAACCUCGGUGUAGUUGGUGAGGGAAGUUAUGGAACAGUGUUGAAAUGCAGACACAAAGAAACAGGGCACAUUGUGGCCAUUAAGAGGUUCAUUGAUAAGGAGCAGGACAAAACUAUGAAGAAAAUUAUCAUGAGAGAAAUCAAACUCUUGAGGCAAUUUUGCCAUGAAAAUCUUGUCAACAUGUUGGAAGUAUUCAGAUACAAGAAACGUCUGUUUGUUGUUUUUGAGUUCAUUGAUCACAAUGUUUUGGAGGACUUGGAACGACAUCCUUCUGGCUUGGAGAGUAGACGUCUCAGGAAGUUCAUUUUCCAGAUUUUGAGAGCAGUUGAUUAUCUUCACACCAGUAAUAUUAUUCAUAGAGACAUAAAGCCAGAGAAUGUGCUUGUGUCCAAUGCUGGCAUAGUCAAGGUCUGUGACUUUGGCUUUGCUCGAACACUGGCGCCGACUGGUGAGCCCUUCACUGAUUAUGUGGCCACCAGGUGGUAUCGAGCCCCUGAGCUACUGGUGGGGGACAAAAAUUAUAGCAAGCCUGUGGAUGUUUGGGCUGUUGGCUGUUUGAUUAUAGAGAUGGCUACUAGCAAUGCUUUUCUGACAGGUUCAUCUGACCUAGAUCAGGUACACAAGAUCGUCUGCAAAGUGGGUCCUUUAACCCGCCAUCAAUUGGACCUGUAUUUCAAGAACCCAACAUUUGCCGUGGCCAGGCUUCCUGAGGUUCAGGUGCCCAAAGAUCACAGAAAGAAAUUUUAUCAACUCCCAAUUACAUUAGCCGACUUGGUGGAUGCAUGUUUACAGAUAGAUCCGGCUGACAGGGCCACCUGUUCCAAACUGCUCAAUCAUCGAUACUUCACAAAAGACCAGUUUAGUGAAAGAUUCAUUCCUGAGAUACAGGCACUAGUUAUGAAGGAUGCCAAAUAUUACAACACUCAGUGGUGCCACAGUGGUACUGUGGAGCAAACAGAGGAGCUGUCUGUUUGCUCAUCCUCUCACGGCAAGAGACGCACCAGAGAAGCUGAAAGAGACAGACGAGGGAAAGAGGAAACUACCGAGCCAAAGCACUCUAGAGCCAGCCGUAGGCAUGGGAGGGUGAUGGUGGACAGCCCGGUUAUCCACACUACGGCCUCUUCUCCUGACAUGAUGCUUGAGAAAAGCACCAUUCCCAUCACCUUUACCAUGCCCCGAAUCAGCCAGGGCAAUAACUUCUUAGGUGCAGCCCCAUCCAACAUGGAGGUCAACAAAACCCGGGCAAACAAGGUGAAACGAAGAUCAAGUCCCUCCGAUAUGGCUCUGUUUAAUUGCCAGCAGGCUGAGGGGAAAUCUCAGCUGCAAAGUGAUGGACUUGGACUGCAGGUUGAGAUGGUGGGCCUGACCAAGAAAAAGGUACGGACUGUCGGGGAUGUGCGUUUCCCUGACCUUCCCAUACUUGGUCACCACAUGGAGAUAAAGAACACAGAUGUCAAAUCAGCAAAGCACUCGAGAAGAGAGCAGAGGAAAGGUGAUGACUCUAAAAUACCAACAUUAGUUCAGUUUGACUCUGACUUGGGAAAUAGGCCUUAAAAUAGGUGAUUUUCAAGUUAUGGCUGAACUGAGCAGACAGAAAAAGAGAAACUGAACUGCUUUAUUCACAGGAAUUCUUAACAUGAAAUUAAAUAUCCAUAAAAUA